AUGACGGUACACUCGUCAUUCGUGGAGGCUUCGUCGCGAAAUGUAGCCGGUGUUGGUUUUGUUGUGCACCCAUCUGUCGUUCAUCUUGUUGAAUCUCACGAGAUCCUGCCACCUCGUCUGGUCAUUCUUCGCCUCUGCCCUCUGCGCCAACAACCCAUUAUUAUCAUCAGCUGCUGCUCACCAACAUCAGGAACUGAUAAAUCCAAAUUGGACGCGUUUUACGAGGAGCUGGAGGAAGUAGUCCGCAACGAGAAGUCCUUCUAG